AGAGAUAAUGGAAGAGACAAAAUCAAGAUUCAGGAGGAUCUGUGUCUUCUGCGGAAGCAGUUCCGGCAACAAAACCACUUAUCACGACGCUGCUCUCCAACUCGCUCACCAACUGGUGGAAAGAAACAUCGAUUUGGUGUAUGGAGGGGGAAGCGUGGGGCUAAUGGGUCUCAUUUCUCAAGCUGUUCAUGAUGGUGGUGGUCAUGUUCUUGGGAUCAUUCCGAAGUCUCUAGCACCAAGAGAGAUAACCGGUGAAUCAAUAGGAGAAGUUAUAACAGUAUCGACUAUGCACCAAAGGAAGGCUGAAAUGGUUCGCCAAGCGGAUGCCUUCAUUGCACUUCCUGGUGGAUAUGGGACAUUUGAAGAGUUGUUGGAAGUCAUCACUUGGUCUCAACUUGGGAUCCACACUAAACCGGUGGGACUAUUGAACGUGGAUGGAUUCUACGAUUCACUAUUGACGUUUAUAGAUAAGGCAGUGGACGAAGGCUUCGUCUCCUCCACCGCUCGCCGUAUCAUCGUCUCUGCUCCAAACGCUCCUCAAUUACUUCAACUUCUUGAGGAGUAUGUUCCAAAACACGACGAUUUUGUAUCCAAAAUGGUGUGGGACGAUACUACGGAUGCUUUCACUUUGGAAGGCGACUCAUUUUAGCUAUAUUAGUUCAUUCGUAUC